CUGUAUCGAUAUUUUAGAAAAUAAUUGUUAUAAAGUAUGUAGGAUUGAGGCAAGCAAGAUCCCAAAACAGAAUUGGCCUUGGCAUGAACAAAGUCCUUUGUUACACGUGAAAAACAGGAUACAGGAUGUAGUAUUGAGAUGAGCAAGAUUCCAAAACAGGAUUGGCCUUGGGUUGAACAAAGCUGGGAUGAUUCCAGCGUCCUCGCAGCGCUGUGAGCUCUGGCUUGGAAGUGCCCCACCCACUGCCCAGUUUCACCCCCUAUGUGGACGAGUCAGCUCAGCCCCAAAUGAUUUGUUCAGCAGAUCGUAGCCAGAAAAGUGCCUAUCAGCCUGUCUCUGUUCGUGAUCCUGUGGAUUCUCUGAGUGCCAAGGAAAGCACGGCGGCGGCAGCAGCAGGAGCCUGUGACGAGCUGAAUGGAAUUGAACGUUUGAGUGAGGAUGCAAUUGUGAGCGGCUCCUACAAGAACAAGACCCUUUGUGCCAACCCAGAGGACACGUGUGACUUUAACAGGGCUGCCCACCUGGCCUCAACGCCCUUUCACGGGGUGGGAGCUCAGAGAGUCCCAGCUCCUGCUUUCUCUCAGGGUGAACUGAAGGAAGAUAGUCCAGAAUCCAAGAGUGCGCCUCUGAGUCAGGAGACACCGGUGGGUGAAGAGGCCUACACUGAAGCUCUGAGUGUAAAAAAACUGAGGAUUAAAGGAGAAGUGUUCCGGAUUGGAGGAGAGGUGGUCAUGUCCCAGGAGGACAGCCACGAGUGGGAGCUGAGCAAGGAGAAUGUGCAGCCCCUCAGGCAGGGACGGGUGAUGUCCAGCUUGCAAGAGGCACUGUCUCAGCAGGACUCUUCCAGCCACACUGCUGUGCAGCUUAAAAAACAGGAGUUUGAAGCAGAAAUACGAUUUUACUCUGGAGAUGAUCCUCUGGAUGUCUGGGAGCGGUACAUCAAGUGGACAGAGCAGGCCUUCCCUGGGGGUGGCAAGGAUGGCAACCUGGCAGCAGUUCUGGAAAGGGCAGUGCAAGCCCUCCACGGGCAGCAGCGAUACUACAAAGAUCUUCGCUAUCUUAAUCUCUGGCUCAAGUUUGGCGACUGCUGCAACGAGCCCUUGGAUCUGUACAGUUACCUGCACAGCCAGGAGAUCGGCACCACGCUGGCCCCGCUCUACAUCACCUGGGCAGAGGCACACGAGGCCAGGGGCAGCUUCAGGAAAGCAGAUCUGAUAUUCCAGGAAGGACUCCAGCGCAAGGCUGAGCCUUUGGACAAACUCCAGGCUCAUCACAAGCAGUUUCAGGCCCGUGUUUCUCGGCAGACACUACUGGCACUUGAGGAAAGUCCUGAUGGAGACAAUAUGGGAUUGCUGGGAAUUGCAGAGCCUCAGAGAAGUUCGCUGGCAGAUCUCAAAGGCAGAGGGAAGAAGAAAGUGAGAGCCCCCAUUAGUCGUGUGGGAGAUGCAGUUAAAGUCAUGAACCCAAACAGAAGCUGCCAGCCUCAGGCUUCUCUACAGCUUCCAAACGCUCCAAGUUUUGCCGUAUUUGAUGAAAAUUCUGUGUCUGGACCUGAGAUUCCCACACUUACAGCACAGUCAUGGCCAGCACCUCCAGUUCCCAGGGCCAAGGAGAAUGAACUCCGCGCAGGACCGUGGAACUCUGGCAGGCGUCCUCGCAGCGCUGUGAGCUCUGGCUUGGAAGUGCCCCACCCACUGCCCAGUUUCACCCCCUAUGUGGACGAGUCAGCUCAGCCCCAAAUGAU